AUGAAUUAUAUUGAUCCUCCGCGUGGGGUUUUCACACUUCCAACACCCUGCGACCAAGCUUAUCAUUUUUGGGAUGUUAUUAAAUCCAAUGAAAACUUUACACUUCAAAGAACUAAAGCUUCAAAUAAUAGUAAUACUUUCUUAAGAGGUGUUAUUGGCACUAUACAAAAUGUGUUCGACACAAAGCAACCUCCUUUUCGUAUACUUUUUAAGCCGGAGGCUAACGGUAUUACCUUACAAAUUGCAGUUUCUCAAACUCAAAAAGGUAUCGAGGAUGCUUGGAAAUGGGUUGAAGAUAGUUUCAACGAAGGAUUAAAGAAAUUAGAUGAUCCGGGAGAAAAAGAAAAUUAUGUGGUGACAAAGAUAAAUUCUUUGGUUACUCGACAAGAUAAAGGAACUGAUGAAGUUUCUGAAGAUGAAAAUGUACGAGCUGCUUCUAGAGCUUUUCGACAAACAUUUGAUGUAAUGCAAACCGAGAGAUUAGUUAAUUAUUAUUCUUGUGCAUAUCGUGGAAUAAUUCAGGGAUGGAUGUAUAUCAGCGAAAAUUACUUGUGCUUUUAUUCUUUUGUAUUGGGAAUAGAAACUAAAUUAUUGAUAGAAUUAAAAAACAUUCAAGGUUUAAGUAAAGAGAAAUCAAAACGUGGAAUUGUUUCAGAUUCCAUUAAAGUUAUAACAAAAGACAAUAAUGAGACUCAUGACCUUUUGGUUCAAUUAACAACCUUAUCAAUGCAACGAUUAUUGAAAAAUAAUGCUCUUGAACCGGCACCAGGAAUGUUAUACGAUUUUGAGCGGGAUGAUACAAAUUCAAAGUUAGAUUUACCUUCACCAAAUCAGCAAGAACCUCCAAAUUCACCCAUGGUUCCUCCUUUAAAAAAAGAUCUCGAAGAUCAAAAACGGGAUGAAGAAUUUCAAACAUUUUUCAAUUUACCCGCGACAGAACAUAUGUUGCAUGAAUGUAAUUGUGAAUUUUCAAUGCCAGACAUAAAAGAAGGUCAAAAUGGUAAACUUCAACUUUCGGAAGGUUACCUUGCCUUUGCAUCUUCAGAUAAAAGAGGAGGAUGUAGUUUAGUUAUUCCAUUAUAUACUGUGCGUAAAGUAGAACGGUUAAAUAGUAGUAAAACCCAUAUGCUUGCUCUUUCUAUUUUGAAUUGGCAUAAAAUGAAAUUAAUAUUUCAAAUUGAUGGAACAAAAGCGGAAUGUCAAAAUUUUUGUGAAAUUCUUAAAGCGAAUCUAAAAUCGCAAGUUCGUUAUAUGAAAUCUCUACGACCAUUUUUAAGCACAUGUUAUUCGGAAACUUUGAUAGUGGAUCUUAAAAAAGAGUUACCAGUUGGAGGAUUAGGAUUAAUUUUUGGAUUUCCUGAUGAUAAAAAAAGGUUUCCAUAUUUUCGUAAACUUGUUCGUGUUGGAUUACCAGAUAGAUUACGUGGAGAAAUGUGGGAACUUUGUUCUGGUGCAAUGUAUUUAAGAUUUAUGAAUGAAGGUUUAUAUGACAGACUACAUAAAGAAUCUGAUGGUAAAAUUUCUCACUCUACAGAAGAAAUUGAAAAGGAUUUGAACAGAUCACUUCCUGAAUAUUCUGCAUAUCAAAAACCAGAAGGAAUAAAUAAAUUGAGACGUGUUUUGACAGCUUAUUCUUUGAAAGAUCCAGAAUUAGGUUAUUGUCAAGCAAUGAAUAUUGUUACUUCUGCCAUUUUGAUUGAAGAACAAGCAUUUUGGAUUUUGAGUGUAUUAUGUGAUAAAUUGUUGCCUGGUUAUUAUAGUACAUCUAUGUAUGGUGCAAUGUUAGAUCAAAUAAUAUUUGAACAUUAUGUUCAAACCAAAAUGCCUAUGCUUUAUGACCAUUUUCGGAUUGCAGAUAUUCAAUUAUCAGUUGCAUGCUUACCUUGGUUUUUAAGUCUUUACAUCAAUUCUAUGCCUCUUAUCUUUGCUUUUCGAGUAUUAGAUUGCUUUUUUAUGGAAGGACCAAAGAUUAAUGGGGAUCAACUUAUGGAAAUUUCUGAUGAUGGAGCAUUUAUAAAUGUUUUAAAGAACUAUUUUGCAACAUUGCAUGAACCUGCUUAUCCAAAUAGUACAGAUUCUAAAAUCAAAGAAAUAACCAAAUUUCAUAAUUUAAUGAGUGUAGCAUUUAAAGAAUUCGAAAGUAUUACAAUUGAAAGUAUACUUGAAUUACGAAAAGCUCAUCAACUUAAAGUAGUUCAUAAUAUUGAAAGUUUUACUAAACGAAGUCAAAUACGUAAUAUUCGUGAUACCUCCAAGUUUACAAAGGAUAAUAUUUCAGUAAUUUAUGAUAAAUUUUAUAGUGCCCAAUUUUAUAGUAAACAACAUAAUAUUAGAAAUGAUCCCCGAAUGGAUUUGAAAACUUUUUAUCGAUUUUUAGGGAGUAUUGCAAGUUGGGCUAAAUUAGAUGAUGAAUUAGGUAUUCAAAAUGAAUCACCACGAGAUAAUCAAGGGAGAAGACUUGUAGGAUAUGAAUUUAUCAAAAAGUUAUUUAAUCAUUUUGAUCGAUCUAAAUCAAAUGGAUUAACGAUACAAGAUGUCGUAACUGGACUUGGUGAAAUUAUAUUUGGAGAUUUAAUGUCACGAAUGGAAUUUUUUUACAAUCUUCAUGAUGGAAAUAAAGAUGGUUUUCUAAGAAAAGAAGAAAUUUUACAAAUGUCUGAAAGCUUUUUAUUCAUAUUUCGAUCACGUCAAGAUGAUGGUCACCUUAGUUCUGUAUCCAAUUUCAUUAAGAAUGCAUUUGAAUUUAGUGAUUCAUCAUCAUCUCCACCCGAAGUUAAAAUUAAAGAGAAUAAUCUUAUUGAAAUUGAUUCAAAAGAACUUAAUACAGUAAUUAAUGAUGAAAACAAUAAUAAAAUCAAUGAUAAUGAUUCCGAAGCACAUCAUUAUAUUUCUCUUCCUUCAUUUCGUAUGAUUAUAUUGGCCGAUGCAUACCUCGAAACUUUCUUUGAUAGUGAUUUUAUUUCAACAUUCCAAUUUGUUGAAGCUCCUCAAGACAGACAAAAAGGAUUAGGACGUGAAAUAUUUAAUUUACUCAUGACAGAUGGAGUAAAAUUGGCUACUCGAUUUGGUAAACGAUUAAAUGAACGUCGAAAGUCUAGAUUAACGACGGUGGUUAAUCAAAGAAUACAAAAAAGGGAGGUAUCACCAGAACCAUCUUUAUUAUCGAUAGAAUCAGCUGAAUAUUCACUUAAAAUUCCAAAAAAUGGAUCACCAAGUUCAUCUUUAUAUCUGGAAGAUGAAGAAGAAAGUCUUUUACAAGAAGUGGAUAGUCUUUUGAAUAAUUCUAGUAUUAUUGAAAAAUCCGAUUCAAUUAAAGAUUAUGAAAAUUAUAAAGUUAAUGAAAAACAUGUUGUUGAAAGAACUCUGAAAUGUUCCAAAUAUAAUGAAUCAAAAGAUGAUCAGAAUUGUUCAGGUCAUGAAAUAAAUGCAAUUAUUUCAAUGUUAGAACCAGAUCUCGAAUCCUCAGUUCUUCAAAUUCUGGUUCCCUCGUGCUUUAAUCCUACACAUUAUGUAGGAGACAAAAAUAGAAUCGCUAGAUCACUGAAGACAAAAGAUAUUCAAGUUGUUUGGAAAUUUUAG